GCUCCUCAAGCAGAUAAAAAGAGCGACCCGCCGGACCCGAGCUCAGAAGGACCUCGCUCUUCCUUUGCAUUUCGACAGUUCCACUCUACCCGCUCCUCAGACCUUGCAAUCGGAAGCCAUGGCUCAGAAAACCAUCAACCUUCGGUCGGGUGGAUUCACUAGGAAUUUUAGCGCCUCCUCCACCGGCCUCCCGGGGAGCCGAACCAGCUUCAGCUCCAUGUCCGUUUCCCGGGGAGGUGGCGGAGGGCUGGGACGGAUCAGCGGCGGCGGUUUCAGCAGCAGGAGCUUCCAUGGUCUAGGCGGAAGCAAAAGAAUUUCCGUUGGCGGAGGCUAUCACUCCGCACGAUCGGGGUACGCUUACGGGUUAGGUUACGGCGGGAUGGGAGGUAGGAUCAGAGAAGCUGGAUAUGGGCUCGGUGGUGGAUUCGCAUCCGGAGCUGGCGGGAUCCAUCAGGUCACCGUCAACCAGAACCUCCUGAUGCCCCUCAACCUGGAGAUCGACCCCAGUGUCCAGAAGGUGAAGAAAGAGGAGAAAGAGCAGAUCAAGACCCUCAACAAUAAAUUCGCCUCCUUCAUUGACAAGGUCCGAUUCCUGGAGCAGCAGAACAAGGUGCUGGAGACCAAAUGGUGCCUGCUGCAGGAGCACAAAACCGUGAAAAGUAACAUCGAGCCCUUGUUCGAGGCGUACAUCAACAACCUGCGCCGGCAGCUAGACGCUAUCAGCGGCGAGAGGCCUCGGCUGGAGGCAGAGGUGCGGAACAUGCAGGACACGGUGGAAGAUUUCAAGAUCAGGUACGAGGACGAGAUCAACAAGCGCACAGCGGCGGAGAAUGAGUUUGUGAUGCUCAAGAAGGAUGUGGACACUGCCUACAUGAACAAGGUGGAGCUGGAGGCCAAAGCAGAUGCCCUGACGGAUGAGAUCAACUUCCUGAGAGCUCUCUACGAAGCAGAAUUAGCUCAGAUGCAGUCACACAUCUCGGACACUUCUGUCGUACUUUCCAUGGACAACAGCCGAAAGCUCGACCUCGACAGCAUCAUCACGGAGGUCAAAGCUCAGUACGAAGAUAUUGCCAACAGGAGCCGAGCUGAGGCGGAGUCUUGGUACCAAACCAAGUAUGAAGAGCUGCAGCUGACUGCUGGAAGACACGGGGACGACCUGCGCACCACCCGGAUCGAGAUCUCCGACAUGAACCGCAUGGUCCAGAGGCUUCACUCGGAAAUCGACAAUGUGAAGAAACAGUGCGCUAACCUGCAGACGGCCAUCGCUGACGCCGAGCAGCGGGGCGAACUGGCCCUUCGAGAUGCCCAGGCGAAACUGGCCGAUCUGGAAGACGCCCUGCAGAAGGCCAAGGCGGACUUGGCCCGCCAGCUGCGGGAGUACCAGGAGCUGAUGAACGUCAAGCUGGCCCUGGAUAUCGAGAUCGCCACCUACCGCAAGCUGCUGGAAGGAGAGGAGAGCAGGCUAGCAGGAGAAGGUGUCGGUGCAGUGAACAUCUCUGUGGUCCACUCUUCCGGGGGAAGCAGCUACAACUCUGGAAGCGGGCUGUCCCUGGGCUCCGGGCUGGGAAAUGCAUCCGGGCUGGCCUAUGCCGCCGGGCUCGGCGUCGGAGGAAGCAGCUUCAGCACCAGCAGUGGGAGAGGCCUGGUGGGAGGAUACAGUUCCGGAGGAGGCAGCAGCUCCAGCGUGAAAAUCGUCUCCAAAACCACCUCGACCAAAAAAAGCGUCCGCACUUAAGUGCCAACCCAGUCUCCAAUUCCCAGCAGCCUGGCGAGAAGAAAUACGACACUGCCUCCUGGUGGCGGCACACCCCAAACCACUCGAAGACACCCGCUUCUGGGGGAGGGAAAAGUCCCCUAAAAUACCACGGAUGUGCCAUACAAGUCCCAUUCUCGUGGGACGAGGCCUUUACUGGCUUGAAGCCGAGGCCCUUUCUCCAUUCCUCUCAACUCCCAAUUGUAACGCACCAACCCCAGCCAACACGUAAUUGGCCAGGCCGGUUAACGAGCUCUGUGGUAGCAGAAAUUCACCCAUUUUGAUCAUCUUCCCUCUCUUGCUUGGAGCCAUGUAACCUGGGUGUAAAGCCAAAUCCAGAUUGACACCAGCGUCACUGAGAGCCAAGUCUGGCUUUAUCCAUGGCUAGAUGUUGUUUAUUCUGAAUAAACAUCAGGCUUGACUAGAGAGUCACAUUUCCAUCUUAGGGUCCAUAUUAGUCGACCGGCAGAGACCUCUCUCUCCCCCUCGCUCUUGGGAGGUGACAUGUCCCUCACCGGUGGGUGUGGCGCAUGGGGGUGUGGUGACCAAUAAGAAGCAGUGUCGAUAUUUCUGAGUCCAUCUUGCUCCUACCAGUUCCCCUUUCUCUUGGGGAUAUUUUUCUUACCCUACCUGCAUCACGUAAUUUAGUCUUCGUUCCCACUGAUUCGUCUUCUGUACUCGACUCUAGCUUGCGUACUAGCCAAUGGGGCAUUAGCACCGACCCUGACAUAGUUUUCUAGAUCCAGUACGAACCUCACAGUGGUCCCAAGCUCCUCUGUGUGAGCCAGGAGAUCAUGACAGUGAAGUAGAGAUGUCACAAGAUCGAGGGUGUCUAUGCACCCAGUGACAGAUAUGCAGAAACCAAAGGGUGAGGAGCCUGCUUUGGGGAUCAGGACAUGGCUUCUCACAGGUAAACAAUGUCGGUGUCUCAUCGCCUGCAUUUUUAGGGGGGAACCUGCGUUUUUAUGUGCCCAUUUUCACAGUUCCUAUUACUGGAUGCGGAUGUUGAUUUCAUGUAGCAGUCCCCUGAUUUCAUGACAUUUCUUCAAUAAACUGCAA